CGGGGACGUAUAAAUACGUCGGCACAUCCCCCACCAAACACACUUCGCCCGCCGUCGUUUUCAGUGGACGUAAAAUAGGAGCAAUCAGCUGAUUUUUUUUCCUUUCUUCACAGCAGUUCCUGGAGCUAGUGAGAGAUGGCCCGUACCAAGCAGACCGCCCGUAAAUCCACCGGUGGAAAGGCGCCAAGGAAGCAGCUUGCAACCAAGGCAGCCAGGAAGAGCGCACCUUCCACGGGAGGAGUGAAGAAGCCCCAUCGCUACAGGCCCGGGACUGUGGCUCUGAGAGAGAUCCGUCGUUACCAGAAGUCUACAGAGUUGCUAAUUCGCAAGCUGCCCUUCCAGCGUCUGGUGAGAGAAAUCGCCCAGGACUUCAAGACUGAUCUGCGCUUCCAGAGUGCGGCCAUUGGAGCUCUUCAGGAGGCCAGUGAGGCAUACCUGGUGGGUCUGUUUGAGGACACCAACCUGUGCGCCAUCCACGCAAAACGUGUCACUAUCAUGCCCAAAGACAUCCAGCUGGCCCGUAGGAUAAGGGGAGAGAGGGCCUAAGUGGCUAGUGGCAGCAUUGGCAAGACAAAUGAUCCUAUUUAUCGUACUUAAUCGUUUUUGUGGACAUUUUAUUUCUUUGGUAUUUUUAAAAAAUUCUUUUUGAUUUUUGUAUUGUAUUUUAGGACGAGAUAAAUGCAUCAGUCAUUCCGCAAACCUGAAUUCAGAUUGAGGUAGUUGGAGAUGGGUGUGCAGCAGAACAUGGGAUUAUCUACUCGGCUCCAUAAUGGGUCAUUUUUACAUGUCAACAGUGGUUGGUGGGAAGCCCUACCACCUUUGAAAAGUCCUUUUGGUUCCUUGUGGGUAUCAGGCUCCAGGUGAGGUGGGAGUUUUCUGAGGUGAUGCUGAAUUCUUCACAUCUUCCAUGGGGGUUGAGGGUUCCUUCAUCCAUCUACCCUUUUCCACAGUAUGCCAGCAUGUCUUGCACAACAGGUCUCUGUAGUGUCAGGGUAUUGUUUAUACAGUCACACUGUACACUCAGUGAGGUGCAUGACAGCCCCCCUGUAUUUUUCUGGACUGCUUUUUACAUGUUAUUUUUCCAACAUAAAAAUCUUGGCAGCUACAUUUAAUACUAUUUAUGAAGUGGUGUCACAUGUCUUUCUAUUAAAGGUCUUUACAAGUAAA